AUGCUGCCGAAUCCUCCUUUUAGUACCACCACCGGCGCGGCCCUCCGCCUCUGCCUCCCUAUCCCGCCUCGGGCCGCUGCCUCUGCCUCAUCGUCCUCCUCGCGCUCGCACUCCUUCGCCGCUGCCGGACGGGUUUCCCUCCGCCGUCGCCGCCGCCGCGCUUCCUUCACCGACUGCCGCUGCUCCUCCUCCUCCUCCCCAGAAAUGGAGGCCGGCGCUGGCACGGCUCUGUACCCCGCGCACCGAUGCAAAACCAUAUACCUGGUGAGGCAUGCCCAGGGUAUUCACAAUGUGGAAGGCGAGAAGGAUUUUGCAGCAUACAAGUCACAUGCGCUGCUUGAUGCUCAACUUACCCCUUUGGGCUGGAGCCAAGUUGAUACCCUGCGAGAUCAUGUGACAAAAUGUGGACUAGCAAAAAAGAUUGAGUUGGUUAUUGUUUCCCCUCUACUCAGGACUCUGCAAACUGCAGUGGGGGUCUUUGGUGGUGGGAACUAUACUGAUGGAGUAAGCGCACCCCCAUUAAUGGUAGAAGGUGCAGAAAACAGUGGACGUCAGCCGAUUUCAAGUUUGAACUGCCCGCCGUUUCUUGCAGCUGAGGCCUGCAGGGAGCAGUUGAGUGUUCUUACCUCUGACAAGAGGAGCAGCAUAACAAGAUACCGGACUCUCUUUCCUGCCAUUGAUUUUUCCUUGAUAGAGAAUGAUGAAGAUGUUCUUUGGGGACCCGAUAUCGUAGAAGCAAAUGAGUCUGUUGCUGCCAGGGGCAUGAAUUUCUUUGACUGGUUAUGGACAAGAGAAGAGAAAGAGAUAGCUGUUGUCACCCAUUGUGGCUUCUUGUAUCACACCCUAAACAUGUAUGGUAAAGAGUGUCAUCCAGCCGUAGCAGAGGAACUGGGCAAGGUCUUUGCAAACUGCGAGCUCCGGUCGAUGGUGUUGGUCGACAGAAGUAAGCUUGGAUUGGAUACCUCUACAUACAAUUUCGCUGGGAAGAUACCGGCCGGGCUUGAUAUGCCCAGCGAUGUCGCGGAGAAGAAGCAGGCUGAAGGAGCUAGCAAGAACUGA